AUGGAUGCUCUUACGGUGUUGUUUCCUCUUCUUCCCUGCUUCUCCCUCCUCUUGCGGUGUUCUGCCAACUGCAUUGCCCCGCUCUCUCCAACUCUUCCCCCACUUCUCCUCUCUUCCUCCCCCCCCCGCCCCAUCCCCCCUUCCCCCAUCCCCCCUCCGUGCUUUUCCACAUCCCCGCUUUCCCGCUUCAUCUACUCGUGCCCCCUUCCUUCGUCUUCUACUCAUCUUCAGUUUUCUUCCUCCUUCCUUUGUCUUCUCCAUCCACCCUUCCUUUCUUCCCGCUCUCUCCAUCUUCUCCCCCCACUUUCCCCCACCCUCUCCAUUCCCGCCUCUGCCCCUUUCCACCUCACCCGUUCUUCUCGAACCGCAGAUCUUCCUUUCGUCAGCGAGCCGUUGGGUCCGGAGCGCGCUCACGCGGUGGUGGCGCGAGCGAACGCCACGUGGCAGCUCUUCGUCGAUCAGAACGUCCCCGCGGAGCCCUGGGCGCCGCCGGCCGCCGUCCUCAACGGAAGCUUCCUCGAAAGCAUCUGGAAGCGCAAAUACAUGGGCGACUGCGCGCCGUCCGCCGCGAUUCCCGUUUCCCAGCCGGCGCAUUUGCAGCAGCAGCAGCAAGCGGAGAAUGCGGCGCAAAAAGCGGCAGCGGAAGCGGUCUCCGGCGCUCUGGUGGAGGAAAAGCCAGCCAACGGCAAGUGGGGCGGGAAGCUGCGAGGAAUCUUCCGGACUAAAAGCGAUAGGGAACGCCAAUUCAACAGCUCGACGCGCGCAGUCAUCAUGAGUACAUGGGGAGCUGCUGCUGUGGUGUGCUGUGUGAUGUACCAUGUGAGAGAAGGGGUGGUGAGAGAAGGGGUGGUGAGAGAAGGGAUGGCUGCCAAGCAGAGGGGAAAGGAGGUGUGUGAAAGAAUGGAUUUGGGGGAAAUGGAGACAGGAGAAAAUGUGGAGGAAGGAAGCAAAGGGGAUGGAGGAUAA